GGUGCGCUUGUGCGGGGUGCCGGCUUCCACCGCUCCCUUUGGGGUGGGGUGGGGGGGGGUGCUAAAAAAGGUGUGUAUCCCUUUAACAAGGGCCCAACCCCAGGGCUAAGUCAAGAGGGAGCUCAGUGACUACCUCCCCACCGAGCCAGCUCAGCCAGGCUGGAGGGAGUGGGACAGAUUCUGGGAGCGAGGCGGGGAGGAGUCCUGGCCGGCUGAGCGGGGGGAGAGCCGCUUGGCAGUGCCAGAGCCCAGGCCCCAGAGCCCUGCGGGAGAGGAGGCAGUCCGAGGAGGCAGGUCCCCCCGAGGCGUGAGGCUGCGAGAUGGCGGACGGUUACACAGAGCUGGAGAAGGCGGUUGUGGUCCUGGUGGAAAACUUCUACAAAUACGUGUCGAAACACAGCCUGGUCAAGAACAAGAUCAGCAAGGGCAGCUUCCGGAAGAUGCUUCAGAAAGAGCUCAACCACAUGCUGACGGACACGGGAAACCGAAAGGCCGCUGACAAGCUCAUCCAGAGCCUGGACGCCAACCACGAUGGACGCAUCAGCUUCGACGAGUACUGGACCUUGAUAGGCGGCAUCACCAGCCCCAUUGCCAACCUCAUCCGCCAACAGGAACAGCAGAACAGCAGCUAGAGGACGUCUCCCACCACCCCUCCGUCCGGGGCACGGUCCCUGGUGCCCUUCCCAGGCUCCCCUCAGCCUCUUCCACCCACCCAGGCUCCUAUCCUUGCUUCUCCCCCCAGACCUUCUGCUGGCGUCUCAGUCUUCGUGGUGUCUAGGUCUGGGGGGGACUCCCUCGGGUCUUCGUUCCUGGAGCCAGCAGGCUCUGGGGCCCCCUCUGAAUUUUCAGUGCUUGGGGAUCCCACGAGUUUCCUUGCCUGCUUAGCCCCGAACCCUCCCAUGGCUGCUAUUCUGCCUGAUUUUAGGUCUCUCCUGACCUCUGGAGGUCAGCUUGCUGCUGGAGGUCUUCCUGCUCCUGGCAGCAGCAGCUGCAGACCUCUCCCCUUUCAACACUUUUGGUGGGUGGAGAAGAUUCCCGGGGACUCCCCUCUGGCUGCCUUGGGGUCUGGGAACGGCUGAGCAGGGCUGCUCCCUCCCCCAGCUGAAGCGAAGGCAGGGAGGCUGGGUUUGGAGUCUGUACCCCUCCCCCAGUCCCCUUGUGAUGCUCAUUAAAGCCUUUCCGCUCCCUGGAACC